GCCGACGCCGCCGACGACGAGCAACGCGCCCCCCCCCCCGGUCGGUUCCUCUACUCCGCCCCGCCUCGUUCCGGCGGCGGCGGGAUCGGGCCGGCCGCGACUCCGGCUGGGCCCUUUCGCGGCGCAAACGCGAGUGGCAGCAAGCAUCCUAGGAUGAUGCGCCUGGCAUAUAUGUACAAGAGCAGCUCCAUGGAUUGGAGUCUGGAGCAUCCGAUGCCCAUUGCCUGUGGGGAGUCGAUUUCUUCACGGGAUUUCAAGAUCGCUUGACAUGUGAAUCCUUUGUCUACCACCUUACUGCUGCUGGUUAUACAAUGUUAAAAAUUUCAGAGUAUUGAUCUUUUUCUCCUCAUUUUGAUUCUACGAUUGUUUCUGCUUCUUGUUCUCUUUCCCUUGUCCAUCCUUUGGUAAUUGAAUGACUCCUUUGAGUCAUCUUUUAGAUGAUGGUCAUGGUGUCAGGCGGGCUGCGGCCUUCAGAGAGAAGAUUAAGUAGUGAGGGAUAGAUCGAAGGGGACUUGUGAUCAGAUACUGCUAAUUUCAGGUGGCCUGGCCGCCUGGCUAGCAGAGAGUUGAGGAUUUUUUUUUAAAAAAAAAUUAAACUUGUUUAGCAGGAGGCCGUGCUUGUGAGCUGGAGAAAACAACUUUCUCAUCAAUUAGCAUUUGGAUAAAUUAAAGUUCGGCGUGACAUCAGAUUGGCCCGCCUUUUGGACCAUGACAUACUCCCGGGUUCUACCUUUCUGCUUUGCAAAAAAGCUAACUUGACUUCAUUUUUGUCUUAUUUCUUGGAUCAUGGUAUGCUGCCAUAGUUCUUUCUUUUUUACACUGCCGAAGUGUAAGUCCACCCAUACUUUUGUGACAUUCCUUCUUCUCUUUAGUUGUUAUAUAAUUACAACAAUGGACAGGUACCUUAAUUUCAGGAAGGAACCUCUCUAAGGUGAUGCAAUCCAUCCCGCAAAUUGUUACGUUUAGUGCAAUAUCACAUUUGCUCGUCUCUGCAAUGCUUUCCCAUAAGUCCCUCACAAAGUUGCUUCCCAUAAAGUUUCCAAAUGUUCCUGAUCAUAUAAGCUCGUUCUAUACCUUAGCUGUUUUGUUAUUCCUUCAUCUAUCAUUAAGAUAAAGUCAGUCCAUUAACUGUUCCUUUUACUGGCUGCUAGACUCUGUACUUGAGUUCAGGGGCACUGUCAAGCAUGGUGAAUGCAUUUGUACCUACUCUCUCCUUUGUCAUCAGUUCUUAGGUGUAUUUUACUGUAGAUGCAAUUCUCUUUCAAGGUCAAUGCAAGGAUUCUGACCUCUGUUUUGGAAGCAUCAUACCUAGGAAUUUAGGUUUCUGUAUCAUGUCGUCAUUUGACCAUGGAAUCUUGCAACUAUUCAAGAAACUAACAUAGGGAUAUGCUGUACAUGAACUAGAACCUUAGUACGAUGACUCGAUGAGUAAUGUUUUAGAAUAUUAUAUAACUAUCUAAAUGAAGAGCGCAAUUCUUAUUUUGCAUGAGAUCAGUGCAAGAAAGUUGUGGAACCACCGCGAGUAGACAUGUCCCAUUUAAUCUCAUACCUAAUUUGUGCUGUCAUCCAAUAAUCCAUUUCCAAUGUCAUAGACACGCAGUGAAAAGCAAAGCUAAUCUUUCUUGGAAUCGUUAACUACCUUCUAGUUUCAAGCAACGAAUAUGCUUAUGUGCUGCAUAAUUAUGUUCAUAUCAGUGUAAAAUGCACGCACCCACCUCAAAAACAAAAUUAAUGUGCAUAUGAUAAAAGCUGAUUAGGUCACAAAGUGGAGAAAGAUGGUUACAGCUAUACUAUAUGGAUACUUUUGGUUUAAUUGCUGCUUAGAGCGGAAAGAGAUCAAAGGACUCCGCUCCACUACCCAUAAAACCCGGGCACUGCUCUCGAGAUGUUCUCUAAAGAACAAUUAUCUUGGUUAAUUAAAUUAAAUAAUGACUAAAUAUGUAUAGCUUCAGUGUGAUGGACCCUUGCCAAUUUUAUAUUGGAGUUUAUAAUCAUUCCACUGUGCACACCAAAGAACUGAUUGAUUUGAGUAGUCUGCAACUCUAUAUCUGUAUUUUUGAUUGUGCAGGUUUACAAUAGGAGUUGUGGAAGGAGAGGGGAAAUUGUUUCUUGCAAGCCAGUUGAUGGAAAAUAGGCUAAUUCACAAUACAUCAGAGUGCAAUUUAUCACUAUCUAAUCAUUCCAUACUGUUGAUAAUUUUUUUCUAUUCAUGUCUUGAUGAAGAAAGCAUAUGAUCUGGAUUUGUGGUCAAUGAUAUUUAUAUUGAAGAUUGAUUUUGGUACAGAAAAAUUGAUUUUAAUCCAUGGUUUAUUUGCAAAUGAAAUGAUUGCAUAAUUUCUGCCUGGCAUUCGUUAGUUAAACAUCUGAAGCUCAGCUACUGCUCUGGAGUCUGAAGUUUAUUUUAUUUCUAGAAUUCUGCUUGUAAAAUGAGGACUUACCUUAUUAUUGCUCCUUGAGUUUGUAACUGAGAAGGCUUCUAUCGUUUUCUCAAGCAUGGCAAGGCUACAAAUCUGAAGAACAAAAUAUGUGUUAACCCUUCUAGCUUCAUAUUUGAACGGCAGUGGCAGAUGGGGCAUCUGUUUUCAGAAACACCACAGGGUGGAGUCCAUAAUAUUUCAGCAGGUAACCAUUUAGAAAUGAAGUGCUUGAAGUUCUAUUUCAUUUCUAUGAAAAGAACCCAGCAAUCAAAUGCUUCAGCAAGUGUCCAUUUUGAUCCUCUCUGCAGCUCCCUUCGAAAUGUGGAACAUACCAAUGAGCAGGCGAUUCUGUUUGUUUUCCCCUGUCUAGGCAUCACUAAUCAUGUGAUUCAUUUUGCUGAUUCAUGUCUACCCUGCCCUUAAUUGCUCGGCAUUAAAGUAUUAAACAAAUGUCCACCUCCCCCAAUGAUAUCUGUGUUUAUCUGUUCCACCACCACUUUCUCACAUGAUGUCUACCCUUGUCCUUGUGUAUUCUAUUCUCCAUGUCUUUAACCUCUCCAUGUGUCCUACCACCUCACCACCCCUCAUGCCUAGAUUCUCUCCUUGUCAAUGUCUCUCAUGCAGUCAUGUACACCAUUUUCAUCCUUACUAUUACUUGCAAGCUAGCUUUUGAAUAUUUCAGUUCUUUUGUUCAUACUCUCUCUCCUUUUCCCUUUUAGUUUGAAUUUUGUGCACCUUUGCUUCUCCCAAUCGUAAAACUCACCUUAGCUUUUGGUUUGUAGGAUUAAUUCAAUUUGGCUACAACCCUAACAAAAGAUGAAUCACAUGAUUACCAAUAGCCACACCAUGUCUACAAGGGCUUAAAAAAAUGGAAUAUUGUUGGGUGGAUGCAGUCACGCGGCAAGUAUCUCCAUUCUCCAGUAGUCCACUGCCUCACGUGAUCGCUUGAUCACUUUUGCUUACGAAAUCAAAGAUAAAUAUGCCAUAUGCCAUGCUGAGAUACCUUUCAACUACUGGUUGAUUAAUUACCGCUAUUCGUAGCAUGCACAAGCACCAUACAAAGAACAGAUACAUUGACAUUUUGCCAACAAACCUGCCAAUGCCAUAUGCAUCAAGGUACAAACUGGAGCAGGUGAACAAUUUUGUGUCGGUAGAUCUAGAUCAAGAUGUGGUGAAAAACCUUGGAAACUGUGCACUGUGCAAAUGAUUGUACUUUUAAAACUUACUCUUCUAUCAUAUUCAACAAGCAUAACUUCCUCACUUCAUUCUGCUUCCCUUGCAUGUAAAAAAUUGUUAGCCUUUCAGUUUGUACCAGCUUUCAGCUUCCCUGCUUCUGCAUUGGUUACCCAUAAUUUUCAUGAACUCUUCUCAUAGAUUGAUUCAUGAGCACUGUUAUGUGUCUUGAGAUUUUAUCAGCAGCAGUUAGUGUACUAUACUUUGUCAGGUUCAUCGAUCAAUGGCAAUGAGUGAGCAUUGUUCCUCAGCCUAGUCAAUCAGAGCAUGAGUAUCAAGUCAUUAAUUUCAUGGAUUACUGAUGGUUCUAGUUCGACUUUAAUCUCUGUACAUGUAUGUUAUCAGAGGUCAGGGCACUUAUCUCUGUGCAUCUAUUCUUUUUUACAGUAAGCAGUUUGUACCAUAACCUUUUCAGGUAAAACAAGCAGCCCUGCAACAGAAGUUCUACUUCCAAUGUAAAUCCCCUGCAAGUUCCAUUAUCUUCUAUAGGAUCGGGAUCGGUAACGCAGCAGUGGUUUCUCAGAACAGCUCAUUUACCAAUGGGAAUUUGGAAGUGCAGGAAGGUAGAUCUAGAUCUGUGUGCCUGCAAAAUUUCCUGCCCUUUUGCCAGUAUAUAUAUUUCAUCUGCUGGAUGGCGGCUUCCUCUACAUUAAUACCAAGUACAAGGGGGCAGUAAUUAACAAAGCAUUUAACAGUGGAAAGGCAAGAUUAGAUCUAACCCAGGGCAUGUGACAGCAGCUCCAUUGAGGGGUUUGGAUCCAAUCCUCCCAGUAUAAUCUGCCAAGGAACAGCCUCUGCCAUUGAGCUUUAUAUAAUUGUUACUGCAUGGAAUGAACUGGCUCUCAUUCACCUCUGUGCCAUGUGUUACCACUGGGUCACCAGCUGUGAUGUCUCCUUUUUAACUUUCAACUCUGGAGAUUCUUGCUACCACAGCAGUUCAAUUGUCACCCUGAAAUGAUUGUAAUUACAGUGCAGGGCUUGCUGGUUGUUUAUGCCAAGACAUUAAAGCAAUAGCUAUUGUGUUAGGUAACAGUGAAUGAUCAACAAAGUGGAUUCAAGAGAAAUUUUAUUCAUGUGCAUUCAAAAUUUCAAAUAAAAAAAGAAUACGAAACUUCUGUGAUAGUACGUUUAUGUUCUGGCAUGAAUGGAACUCGUCUGAAAUCUGAAUCUGCCUCCUUAUUCAGCUGAAAGAUUUUUCUUCACUUUUUCAGCAAAUUUUACUAACUCUGUUCUAACGUUUGCAGUUUGUGGAUAUGCUCAAGGCACGUUGCGUGGAGUGAACGAUAGAACUUUUCAGACUUCCAGCGAUACUGCAGAAGUCCAUUUGAUCGAUGUAUCCAUUUACUGCAACUUCACUCCAUUUCUUUCAAGUCUCAGCUCUUGUCAUUCUUCUGUUCUAUAACUUCAAUUGUGACCCUGCAAAACUUAAAACUGCAACCAAGCCUUGCUUGCUGUCAAAAAAAAGCUACUCUAACCGCCUGUUAAUUUAUCUUAUCCCCCGUUACACACAGGCUUUCCAUGAAGUUACUUAACUGUCUUCCUGAUCUGAUGCGGCCGGUGUGGCGCUGCUCUGAGGUGAGGCACACCAUCUUUUCCUCUGAGCAUCAAAGCUGUUACCGCCAUUAAAAUAAAAACUCUCGCAAAGCAAUUAGUCGUUGGUGUGUGUGAUCCCUACCCAAAAUUUUUAAAUACCUAACCCUCCAAUCCUACCAGUAACCUAGCAUUUAGCACCAGCAAUUACCCUGCACUAGAGGCCACAAAGAUGGACAGAGGUGUAUGCAGUGUGCAGCACUGACCUUGGAUCCAGAGAUUCUGCAGGCAAACAAACACGGCCUCCAUUGCUCCAUGACCUCAUCAAACUCUACGCUCUUUAACCUCCUCCCACCCCUCUCAAACAUAGCCUAUUUAGACCUUACUUUCUUGUUCUUACUGCUAACCUUUGGCCUCCCUCUUCCCUGCAACUACAAGCAUAUAAAAACCUUGCACCAUCUCCCAUGGCCUCUCUUUCUCUCUCUUCGCCUUCCUCCUCUGUUUGUACUAGUCUUGCGACAUAAGCAAGACCAAGAUUUGGGGGGCAAUUAGUAGUAGUACAUUACACUCUACAGAAUUAUUGUGUUUUUGGUCAUAUACUUACAAUUCAGUACAUGUGUGCUUGUCUAUGGGUCUUGGUGUUAUGAUGACUAGAAGAAGCAAAUGGCGGGCGGCGGCGGAGGUGCCGCUGCCCAUGGCGUGCACGGUGCUGCUGCCCAUGGCGUGCACGGUGCUGCUGCUGUGCGUAGGCUGCGCCGUCGCCGUGGACGAGCAAGGCGCAGCGCUGCUGGCGUGGAAGGCCACGCUGCGGGGCGGCGACGCGCUGGCCGACUGGAAGCCGAGCGACGCGUCGCCGUGCCGGUGGACCGGCGUGACGUGCGACGCGGACGGGGGUGUCACGGAGCUCAGCCUGCAGUUCGUCGACCUGUUCGGCGGCGUGCCGGCCAACUUGACCGCCCUGGGCGCCACGCUGUCCCGGCUCGUCCUCACCGGCGCGAACCUGACGGGGCCGAUCCCGCCGGGGCUCGGCGAGCUGCCGGCGCUGGCGCACCUCGACCUCAGCAACAAUGCACUCACGGGGAGGAUACCAGCGGAGUUGUGCCGGCAAGGGAGCAAGCUCGAGACGCUGUACCUCAACUCCAACCGACUGGAGGGCACACUUCCGGACGCCAUCGGCAACCUCACGGCGCUCCGCGAGCUCAUCAUCUACGACAACCAGCUCGCCGGCAAGAUACCGGCGGCUAUCGGACGGAUGGCCAGCCUCGAGGUGCUCCGCGGCGGCGGCAACAAGAACCUCCAGGGCGCGCUCCCCACGGAGAUCGGCAACUGCUCCCGGCUCACCAUGAUCGGCCUAGCCGAGACCAGCAUCACCGGGCCGCUGCCGGCGAGCCUCGGCCGGCUCAAGAACCUCACCACGCUGGCCAUCUACACGGCGCUGCUCUCCGGCCCGAUACCGCCGGAGCUCGGCCAGUGCAGCAGCCUGGAGAACAUCUACCUCUACGAGAACGCGCUGUCCUGGUCCAUCCCGGCGCAGCUCGGCGGGCUCAAGAAGCUCACGAACCUGCUGCUGUGGCAGAACCAGCUCGUCGGCAUCAUCCCGCCGGAGCUCGGGUCGUGCCCCGGGCUCACCGUCGUGGACCUUUCACUCAACGGGCUCACCGGCCACAUCCCAGCGUCGUUCGGCAACCUGGCGUCGCUGCAGCAGCUGCAGCUCAGCGUGAACAAGCUCUCCGGCACGGUGCUGCCGGAGCUUGCCCGGUGCGGCAACCUCACCGACCUCGAGCUCGACAACAACCAGCUCACCGGCAGCAUCCCCGCCGUGCUCGGCGGCCUCCCGUUGCUGCGCAUGCUCUACCUCUGGGCCAACCAGCUGACAGGCACCAUCCCACCGGAGCUCGGCCGGUGCACCAGCCUUGAGGCGCUCGACCUGUCCAACAACGCGCUGACGGGUCCCGUCCCGCGGUCGCUCUUCGGCCUGCCGCGCCUGUCCAAGCUGCUGCUCAUCAACAACAGCCUGUCCGGCGAGUUGCCGCCGGAGAUUGGCAACUGCACGUCCCUCGUCCGGUUUCGGGUGAGCGGCAACCACAUCGCCGGCGCGAUACCGGCCGAGAUAGGCAAGCUUGGAAAUCUCAGCUUCCUCGAUCUCGGUUCGAACCGGCUGUCCGGCGCUCUGCCGGCGGAGAUAUCCGGGUGCCGGAAUCUCACGUUCGUCGACCUCCACGACAACGCUAUCGCCGGCGAGCUGCCGCCGGGGCUGUUCCAGGACCUGCUCUCGCUCCAGUACCUCGACCUCUCCUACAACGCCAUCGCCGGCACCCUCCCGUCGGACAUCGGCAUGCUCACCUCGCUCACGAAGCUCAUUCUCAGUGGCAACCGGCUGUCCGGGCCGGUACCACCGGAGAUUGGUUCGUGCUCCCGGCUCCAGCUCCUCGACGUCGGCGGCAACACGCUUUCCGGCAAGAUUCCGGGAAGCAUCGGCAAGAUUCCGGGGCUGGAGAUUGCUCUGAACCUCAGCUGCAACAGCUUCACCGGCACGAUCCCGUCAGAGUUCGCCGGGCUUGCAAGGCUCGGGGUGCUCGACGUGUCGCACAACCAGCUCUCCGGUGAUCUCCAGACGCUGUCCGCGCUCCAGAACCUCGUGGCGCUCAACGUAUCCUUCAAUGGCUUCACCGGUCGGUUGCCGGAGACGGCGUUCUUCGCGAAGCUGCCCACGAGCGACGUGGAGGGCAACCCGGCGCUGUGCCUCUCCCGGUGCGCGGGCGGCGCCGGUGACCGCGAGCGCGACGCGCGCGUCGCGAUGGCCGUGCUGCUCUCCGCCCUCGUCGUCCUCCUCCUGGCCGCGGCGCUCAUCCUCCUCGGGCGGCACCGGCGCGCCGUAGCCGGGCGCGCGGGCGGCGAGGACAAGGACGGCGAGAUGUCGCCGCCGUGGAACGUGACGCUGUACCAGAAGCUGGAGAUCGGCGUCGCGGACGUGGCGCGCAGCCUGACGCCGGCGAACGUGAUCGGGCAGGGGUGGUCCGGCGCGGUGUACCGCGCGAACCUCCUGUCGAGCGGCGUCACCGUCGCCGUGAAGAAGUUCCGGUCGUGCGACGAGGCGUCCGUGGAGGCGUUCGCGUGCGAGGUGAGCGUGCUCCCCCGGGUGCGCCACCGCAACAUCGUCCGGCUGCUGGGGUGGGCGGCCAACCGCCGCACGCGCCUCCUGUUCUACGACUACCUCCCGAACGGCACCAUCGGCGGCCUGCUCCACGGCAGCACGACCGCCGUGGUGGAGUGGGAGGUGCGGCUCGCGAUCGCCGUCGGCGUCGCCGAGGGCCUCGCGUACCUCCACCACGACUGCGUGCCGGGCAUCAUCCACCGCGACGUCAAGGCCGACAACAUCCUCCUCGGGGAGCGCUACGAGGCGUGCCUCGCCGACUUCGGCCUGGCCAGGUUCGCCGACGAGGGCGCCAAUUCGUCGCCGCCGCCGUUCGCCGGAUCCUACGGCUACAUCGCCCCGGAGUACGGGUGCAUGGCCAAGAUCACGACGAAGAGCGACGUGUACAGCUUCGGCGUGGUGCUGCUGGAGAUGAUCACCGGGCGGCGGCCGCUGGACCCGGCGUUCGGCGAGGGGCAGAGCGUCGUGCAGUGGGCGCGCGACCACCUCUGCCGGAAGCGCGAGCCCAUGGAGGUGAUCGACGCGAGGCUGCAGGGCCGGCCGGACACGCAGGUGCAGGAGAUGCUGCAGGCGCUCGGCAUCGCGCUGCUCUGCGCCAGCCCGCGCCCCGAGGACCGCCCGAUGAUGAAGGACGUGGCGGCGCUGCUGCGCGGCAUCCAGCACGACGACGGCGUCGACGCACGGAAAGCCGGCGCCGAGGCGGCGGCGGCGGGGGUGAGCAAAUUGGCCGACCCGAAGCAGCCCAUCUCGCCGAGUAAACUGAUUGCUCUCGCCCUGCCAGCCCAAACGCAAGCCCAGGCCCGGGAAAGUUCAGGGUCACAAAGCCUGCUCAAGAACCGGGAGUGAUCUGGACAGAUUGGGCCCACUAGCAGUGUGCGGUGUUGAGUACGGAACCGAGGGUAUGCAUCCCGGGGGACCCGUAGAAAAGAUGGAUGACCGGUCGGUCAUAGCUGUGGUUUGCUGUGAAAGACAGAAAAAGUAGUGCCAUGGGGGACGCGUCGUUUUGCUAGGCGCACCCUAGUGUUGUGGGGUGCCAAAUGGAAUCUUUGUGGUAGGGUCUUUAGUGAUGAUAGCUGAUCCAUAGAUGAGGGUUCAUGAGUGAUGAAAAGCUAAUGAUGUUUUGUACCAUAAAUCCAGCAUAGUGCGAUGGAGGUUAGUGUAAAUUAUACAUGAUUGGUAAUAAUGCAUCUGUGAUCAUUGAAGACGUUUGCCAAAGAGA